UUGCAUUGUUCAGAAAAAUGUGCAAGGGACAGAUUUAGACACUGACUAGUUUAAAAGAAAUUUUGAGGAAGUUGGCUAGGGGCAGGGGUGGACUGACAACUCAUGGGGCCCCCGGGCAAUAGGGGAUCAUGGGGCCCCUGUGUCCUUGCCCACACUCAAAGCACACCCAAAAAAGCCUAUAAAAGGUACCAGGGGCAUCUCAUGGGGCCCCCUACUGACCUUGGGCCCUCGGGCAGUGCCCGAGUUUCCAAAUGA